GUUACUCGGACCCUCGCGGGCCUUUUGUCCCGCGCGGGAAGUUCUUAUCAUAGGCUCAUGGCUCCGGUCUGAUCUUCCGGAAUGAUUAACUUUAGAUUUCUCGUGGAUUGUGCAAAUCCGAAAUUCAAUGGAUUUAUUUCAAGAUUGAAUUUAUAUUCAUGAUUUUGGUUUUUUCCGCUAUGAUCCUGGCGCUAUACAAUUCCUGAGCUAUGAAGAAAUUCCCCUUGCUCCUGAGGCUGCUUUUGUAGGACUUCCCAUUAGGGUUGUUGGAAAUGAUAACAGAGAUAAGGUCUCCAUUGCGAGUGGCAUAAUAGGACGUUUGGAUAGGGAGGCUCCACAGUAUAACAAGGAGGGCUACAAUGACUUCAAUACAUUUUAUAUCCAAGUUGCAUCUGGGACUAGAGGUGGCUCAAGUGGCUCUCCAGUAAUUAACAGGCAAGGCAAAGCUGUUGCUUUAAAUGCUGGGUCCAAAUCAAUCGGGACUAGAGGUGGCUCAAGUGUCUCUUCUUUUCUUCUGCCUUUAGAAAGAGUUGUGAGGGCUUUGAAGUUCCUACAAGAAGGAAGAGUGAAUUUCACAAACUCAUGGGAAGCUUUCUCCAUUCCCCGUGGUACACUUCAGGCAACUUUUUUGCAUAAAGGAUUUGAUGAGACCCGUAAGCUUGGUCUUCAAAGCGAUACAGAGCAGUUUGUGCGUAACUCAUCCCCACUGGAUGAAACUGGAAUGCUUGUUGUUGAGUCAGUGGUGCCAGGUGGUCCAGCUGAUGACUAUUUAGAGCCAGGUGAUAUUCUUUUUCAUAUAAAUGGGGAGGUGAUUACACGGUUCCUCAAACUGGAGAUGAUACUUGAUGACAAUGUCGGACAGCAAAUUGAACUUCAAAUCGGAAGGGGUGGUAUUUCAAUGACCAUUCAGUUGCUGGUUCAGGAUUUGCACUCAAUAACGCCUGGUUACUUCUUGGAAGUCAGUGGUGCAGUGAUUCACCCUCUAUCUUAUCAGCAGGCAAGGAAUUUCCAUUUUCAAUGUGGCCUUGUUUAUGUUGCAAAACCGGGAUACAUGCUAUUUAGAGCAGGGGUUCCUCGCCAUUCCAUCAUUAAGAAAUUUGCAGGUGAAGAUAUAUUAAGACUCGAGGAUUUGAUUUCUGUUUUAUCCAAGUUGUCUAGUGGUGCAAGAGUGCCACUAGAGUACAUAAACUACACAAAUCGCCACCAAAGAAAGUUUGUUUUAGUCACACUUGACCGCCAUGAGUGGUAUGCCCCACCUCAGAUGUACACCCGCGAUGACAGUUCUGGCUUAUGGAUGGCUAAGCCAGUUUUAUCCUCAGGCUCGCUUCUCUUGUCUGGCACAGAUCCUGACAACCAAGUUCACCGUAGUGUAUCUUGUGCUGGUGAAGCUCCAAUGAAUGAAACAGCUCAACAUUUUGACCACAAGUCAAUAGAUAGUAUUACAGAUAUGCUAACCAGUCAUAAGUUAGUUUCAGAGAAAGAUAGCUUGUCUGCUGAUGAAUUUGUUAUAUCUGAUGGUUCCUCACAAGUUCUUACAAAAGAAAGAUUGAUCGAUACAACUAUAGAUGAUGUAGUAGUAAGAGAUUGUAAGGGCCUCGUGACAAAGUCAGUCAAUGCCUUUGUUCCUGAGCGUGUGGUUGAGCCCACCCUUGUGAUGCUUGAGGUUCAUGUGCCAUCGUCUUGUAUGUUGGAUGGUGUCCAAUCACAGCAUUUUUUUGGAACCGGUGUGGUUGUAUAUCAUUCUGAAACUGUGGGAUUGGUUGUUGUUGAUAUGGAGACAGUUGCAGUGUCAGUUUCUGAUGUCUUCCUGUCUUUUGCUGCUUUUCCUAUUGAAAUCCCUGGGGAGGUAGUCUUCCUCCAUCCCACACAUAAUUUUGCUUUUGUUGCAUAUGACCCUAAAGCACUCGGAAAUAUUGGUGCUUCUGCAGUUCAUGCUGCUGAACUCCUUGCUGAACCACCUCUUUGUCGCGGGGAUACCGUGUCUCUUGUGGGGUUGAACAAAUGCCUGCAGACAAAAUCAAGGAAAUCAAUUGUCACUAAUGCUUGUGCUUCUUUGACUAUUGCAACGUCUGGUUGUCCACAUUAUAUAGCAACAAACAUGGAAGUUAUUGAACUUGAUACUGCUUUUGGUGCUUCAUUUUCUGGUGUGCUGACCGAUGAGCUUGGGCGAGUUCGAGCUCUAUGGGGAAGCUUCUCUAAACCGAAAAAUAAAAAUCUCAACGAUAGUAGUUCAUCAGAUGAUUCUGAAUUUACACGUGGAAUUCCAGCUUGUGCAAUAAGUAAACUCCUUGCAAAGAUCAUCUCUACUGCUGCUGGACCCCCACACCUUCUUCAUGGUUUCAAACAGCAUAUGCCACUUGUGAGAAUAUUAGAAGCUAAACUCCAUCCCACUUUACUUUCCAAAGCUCGCAAUUUCGGACUAAGUGACAGUUGGAUCCAGGCCCUUGUGAAGAAGGACCCUGUAAGACGCCAGGUUUUGAGAGUUGAAUGUUGCUUUGCUGGCUCAAGAGCUCAAAAGGUAUUAGAGCAAGGUGACAUGAUUUUAGCAAUUAACAAGGAGGCAGUUACAUGCUUCCGUGAUAUUGAAGAUGCUUGUCAAGCACUAGACCAGUGUGCUAACAGUGAUGGAAUGCUUCACAUGACAAUUUUCCGCCAGGGCUGUGAAAUUGAACUGCUUGUGGGAACUGAUGAGAGGGAUGGGAGUGGAACUACUCGUGCGAUCAGUUGGUGUGGAUGUACUGUCCAAGAACCUCACCUUGCUGUCCGUGCACAUGGAUUUCUUCCCCGACAGAGUGGAGUUUAUGUGGCAAGGGUAAGCAAGGGGAGCCCAGCAUCUAGGUAUGGUCUUUCUGCUCGCCAAUGGAUUGUUAACAUUAAUGGGAAAAAAACUCCUGAUUUGGAUGCUUUUAUCCGCAUCACAAAGGAACUGGAGCAUGGAAAAUUUGUUCGGUUAAGAACAGUGAAUUUAAAUGGGAAGCGUGGAGUGGUAACCUUAAAACAAGAUUUGCAUUACUGGCCAACGUGGGAAAUAAGUUUUGAUUCUUGUGAAACCUUAACCUGGCGACGCAAGAUCAUCAGUGCUUUAGAUGGCGGUGCUAUGUAAUUAAAAAAAGGUUAAUCAGGCUGUGCUUACAAGAACACUUAUAGAAAGAAGACCAAAUCGCUUAAUCCAGUGCAUUCAUUGUAAUAUAAAUGUGUGAUGCCCGACAUUAUUACGUUGUAAUUGAUUCUCAAUGGUUUAUUCACUGGAAGUCUGUUAUAAAUAAGCACACUCUUUUUUAAUACAACAGAAAACGCACACAUUAAUCCCAGCAAUGUAUAAUUACUUGUAUACAAAAAAUAUGGAGUACUAUUCCAUACUAAAGAGGGAAGAAUUUUCUGUAUGUUUC